UUUGAUUUAUACAAGGUGUAGCUCUUACAAAAAAGUUACCCAAAAUAUUUAAUCAGUAUUAUUUAAACAAUAAUUUAAGAAUCAAAAAAGUGCUCCCCUAUUGCUAAACUGUUUCACUUCCUCAGUAGCAAAUCUCCUCCCAUCCGCAGUUUGCAAUACGGGACUCGGUAGCAUGUCAGAUUCAGUCAGUUCGCCCCCAUGAUAAUUCGAGACCGGGAAAUUAAAGAAUGACGGGCUGAGCGCGGGGGCAGGUGUCCUGACAGCCACUUAAUGCGUAAGUGCUUUUCGAGCACUUAUUGUUGUGACCGUAUUUUUAAAAUAUCACAUGAGGUUCCGGAUUUAGAUCUUCGGCCGCGAAAACAAAGCUGGUGCGGGCGUCAAGUUAAACACUUCCCCUUUUCGUGAAAAACAUUGCAAACAUGGCUGGAGGAAGUCCAGUUUUUCGUUUGGACUGUACAAAGGAAGGUAAUCGUUAAUAAGCGUAAACAGAAAACAGUUUUUCCUCAAUUCAAGCACAGCAAAAUCAUAACUUGUGAAGACUGCAAACAAAACUAUUUGUCAGGAUGGCAGAGUGGUCAGCCCAAAGAGGGGGCUUACCUGACUAUCAGGACGGUACCCUGUCAGCCCGGUUCACCCAGUCUCAUCCUCACAUCGCAGACAGGAAGGAUCCAGGCUGUUGUCUAUCACAGGGCUGUGAUGGCACUGUCACUGUGGAGCCCAGUCCAGGGUCCAGCUCCGCCAUGACCACCAGGGAGCUGCAGCAGCACUGGCGGGCCCUGAAAUCUGGACGUAAGCCAGUCAAGCUGCUUUUCGACGUACCCUCGUCCCGCACAGUGGAGCAGAGUUUGUCCAAAUAUGUGGUGUACCAGAUCGUCUUAAUCAAGUCGGGCAGCUACGACUCCAAGCAGGUCUUCAUCGAGAGGCGCUACAGCGACUUUGAGCGUCUGCACCAGCGGCUGCUGCAGGACUUCAGCGAGGAGUUAGAGGAUGUGGGACUUCCCAGGAAGAGGCUUACGGGCAACUUCGCCGAGGAGAGCAUCACUGAGCGCCGUGUGGCCUUCAGAGAUUACCUGGCACAGCUGUACGCCAUCCGCUGCAUCCGGAAGUCGCCCGUCUUCCUCGACUUCUUCACCAGGCCGGAGCUGCGGCUGGCCCAUAGUUGCCUGCGGGGUGGGCAGUACAGCCAAGCACUUGAGAAACUUCUGCAUGUUCUCGACCUGCAGGAGAAGCUCACACAGCACUCGCCCUGCCUCCUGGUGCCUACGCUGUGCGCCAUCAUGGUCUGCCAACGCGACCUGGACGAGCCCGCCCGUGCUUUCGAAACUGGCCAACAAGUCAUGCCUCUGGUCCGUCGCUACGGUCUCGACAGGUACCGCUGCCCCCUGCUGGCCACACUGGUGGAUCUCGGCUAUCAGCUGGGCCAGCCCAUCGCCCACCUGCAGGAGGAGCUUUCCCAGGUGAGGGACGCUGAGAGGGGUCUGGUGUCAACACUCUCCCUGAAGGAGCUAGCAGUGCAGGAGUUCACAGAAUGAUCUGGAACGUGGACUGAAAAAACAGCAUCUGAAAUAGUUAGAUGAUUAAUUACACACAGGAUCUUUUAAGUCGUGUCAUUGAAGAAAGUGAGUGUGUUUAAGCCAGAUGAGUCAUAUUCCCCAUUUUUUGGACUAUGAACACAGAAAUUGCUUUGUCCACACUGACUCAAACUACAUUUCCUUUAAAUAGUCAUUAAGCACCAUGUAAACCAAUAGAAUUUGGCAAAAAGAGAAUUAUCCCCAAGGUGAUAUAUCAGUAUCAUUGUUCACUAUUCACUUUGAACUGUAAUAACCAUGGAUUUGCACAAAAGGCUAACUAAUACCGCUUUACUGUCACUAUAUAGCACCAGGAAACGAGCGAGUCAAUGGCAAUGCCUGGAAACCACCACUUGGGGGGGCUAUUAUGUUUACUGAAACUUCCAGAUUACCUUCGCUUCACUUACCCAACCGUUUAAAGAGCACAAAAGCACGACUUAAUAAAUUUUUGAUUUCCAAUUGAAAUGUAUAUAUGCAACUGAAAAAUAAGUGGUUACGAACACCAGAAUUUUGUAGGUGAAUUUAUUUAUAUGAGUCCAUGAAGAAUUCCUGGCAGCACAUUGUCAUUCUCUGUCAGCUUAAAUAAGCAGUCAGGCUACCUGGGAACAAACAGAGCUGAAAAGGGGUGGAAGUCAGACAUCAGAAAGUGAGAGAAAAACAGGCAAAAAUAAUUGGUUGGCCUUUAGGGGUCUGUAUCCAGCAUGCAGCGUUUCUGAUGAAAUCUUAAAAGAGCUCAUCAAACGCACAUCAGUGGAAAUGCAGGUCAUUCUGUUUGCCAUUUCCUCUUCCUGCUUUCUUUCAUCUGAAAAAUAAAAUGUUAUCUGAGG